AUCGUAUUUCUUUUUCUUGGUUUUGAAUAGCUUGUGUAUGCCACAAGGAUGUCUCUCUUGUUUUUGUCAUUGUUUACUACUGCCACUCAACACUGCAACUGUUAUCGUCGACAAGUAAAAAACCACAGUGCGGUAGUAAUACACAAAAAUAGACUGCUUUUCAAGAAAAGUUUCUAUUCUCAUCCUCUUGUAGUUUCUGCACCGCUUUCUCAUUUCUAUGGAAACUUGCCAUCGAGUCACGUUAACCACACAUAUCGAGGUUGGUCAAUGUGUCAACAACAACAGCAAAUAGAAAUACAGAAAACCUUCAAAACUAACGGUGGUUGGAUGUUUGAAGUUGAAGUAAACGACAGUCGACAACUUUCUAGGCACACGGUAUUAUUAGGGAAGGGUUUGUUUGAAGAACUUGUAGCUGAACAUACUGAUAAAACACCUGAAACAGUCAUCAUAACUGUUUUCAAUUACUUGAUUGAACGUAAAGUUGUGUUGAAAAAUACACAAGGAGUAUUUGACUCUUCACAGUUUCCAAUCAACUAUUUCUCAGUGAGACAAUUGUUCUACUUUUAUCCAGAUUGUAAAGAAUAUCUAAAACAGAGCCUCGAUGGAACUAGAAUAAAGUUUCCUUCCUAGAAGUUGUCUUACUCAUCGUUUUUAUCUUG